AUGAUUGCUUAUGAAACAAGUAUUCGAUUAUCCGAGUCGAUUCAAGAGCUCAUGGACUUUUAUCACAAAGAUGAGGCUGCACUAAGACGCGUGCUCGAUCUUAUUCAACAACAUGUUGUAGAACAUUUUGGAUAUCAUGAUGUCAAUGCAUUGCGUACCGCUUUGCAUCGCUUUCCAGACGAUCCCGCAGUGAAAUCAGCUUAUUAUGUUAAGCACAACAAAGUCACACAAGGUCUAAUCAAUCAAGGACAAUGUGCACGUGACGUCGAUUUGUAUACCACCGAAGCUGACCUCCAUUUCGGGCGUCUGCCGAGCGAAUUAACGCGCUAUUUCGCUCGCAUGCGUCCGAUGACCUGCGCUUCUUGGUGA